GUGGCGCAAAGAUUAUUGUUCUUGUUAGCUAUUUGAAAUAUCUUAGAGAAUAAUGAAGUUGAAAUACUACCAUUUGAUAUCGUUUUUGCUUCCAAAUGUUAUUGCCGGUUCGCUAUUCGAUUUGAACUCAGAUUCAUUGAUCAGUAAAGACUGUUGUGAUUUAACUUAUAGUCAAAUUAACAACUUGAAUGGGAAAAUAAGAUCAAAUGUCCAUGAAUUAGUACAACAGGAUUACUUCAAACAUUAUCAAUUCAACCUUGAUAUGAAGUGUCCCUUCUUUGAAUGUCAAUCUAUUUGUUUUAGUCCCGGAUGUCAGUUGGAUUUGGAUGUUCACUCCGAUGAUUAUAAUUAUGAUUUAGAAAAUGGUAAUAGUGGUAACUUGGGUGAUUUAUCUGAGGAUUCAUUCCUUGAUUCUUUAUGUCCAAGUAACAACAAGAAUAUAGCUCCACAAGAUGAUGAUGAAUGGUGUGAUAUUGAUGAGAAGGAUGGUGUUAUUGUUGAUAUUUCAAGAAAUCCAGAACGUUUUACAGGUUAUGUUCCUACUCCUGAACGUAACAUUUGGGGAAUGAUUUAUCAAAAUCAAUUAGAAGGUGAAUGUGAUAUUGAACAAAAAGUCUUUUAUCAAGUGAUAUCAGGUUUCCACAGUUCAGUUUCAACACAUUUGUCAAAUGAAUACUAUAACAACAUCACAAACACUUGGGAACCAAAUUUAGACUUGUUCAAUUUCAAAGUUGGUAACUUCCCUGAGAGAAUUUCAAAUAUCUAUUUCAACUAUGCUCUUGUUGUUCGUGCAUUGUUGAAAAUUUCACCAUACUUGAAUGAAUUGAAAUUUAACACUUUAAAUCCGGAAAAAGAUCAUUUAAUCAAAUCAAAAGUGAAUGAAAUCGUUGAUGAAUUACCACAUGACCUGUCCGUUUUCAAUGAAGAUUUAAUGUUCAAAAACCAUGAAAUUAAAGAAGAAUUCAAAUCAAAAUUUAAGAACGUUACAAGAUUAAUGGAUUGUGUCACUUGUGAUAGAUGUAGAUUAUGGGGUAAGAUCCAAUCUACAGGUUAUGCAACAGCAUUGAAGAUCUUGUUUGAAAGUCCAAAACAUUUGAAGAAUUUGAAGAAGAAUGAAGUUAAAUCAUUGUUCAACACUUUUGAUAGAUUAACUAAAUCAAUUGAAUCAAUCAAUAAUUUUAAUUAUUUGAAGGCUUUGAAAGAAGGUGAUGAACAAACUGUUGCUCAAAUUGAACAUGAAAAUACUGCACCAACUUUGGAUGAUGAUUUCGAAGAAAAAUUAGAACAAGAUUUAAAGAAUGAUACACUUAGAGGCAGAUUUGAUCAAGAAAUGAAUGAAGUUUAUGGAGCUUUGAAGUUCAUUUUCCACAGUUACAUCAACCUACCUCAUAACCUGAAACAUAUUGCAUUAUAUAAAAUGAACCAAUGGUGGAAUUUAUUUAUUGGUAAUAAUGCUUAUUCACAUGAAGAACAAGCUGAAUAUUUGCAUAGUAUUUUAUUAUAAGAGAAUACAAUUAACAGAUUUUUAUGUAUAUACAAAAGAAAAAGAUAGUUGGUUUUUAUAGAGAUUUCAUAGUUUAAUCUACAAUUUUU